CUCACGGUGACGUCGGCAUUGACUCGAUAAAUAUAGCACUCUUCUUUCCCUUUUGUUUUUUGACUCAAAUCCUCACGCAUUAAUCCUCUAUAAACAGCCAAUACUUUUUCUCAUAUCUCAUCGCUCUUCCUCUCCCCUUCUUACCACCACCAAUCUAUUGUGCUGUGGUUUCUAGUUGAUGAUGGAUACCUUCUUCCUGUCUCAUGGCUCGCCGACGCUGUCCAUCGACGAGCGGCUGCAGGCGAGGCACUUCAUGCAGUCAUGGAGGAAUCAGGUUCUGCCGGAGGUGCCCAAGGCCAUCCUCAUGGUCUCCGGCCACUGGGAUGUGUCGGAUCCCACCGUCAACGUGAUCAACGGCCCCAACGACACCAUCUACGACUUCUAUGGCUUCCCCAAGUCCAUGUACCAGCUUAAGUAUCCCGCACCAGGGACUCCUGCUUUGGCGAAGAGGGUGAAAGAGCUGCUGCAAGAGGCGGGCUUCGGCCACGUCAAGGAAGACAAGAACCGCGGGCUGGAUCACGGUGCCUGGGUGCCGCUCAUGCUCAUGUAUCCGGCGGCAGACAUCCCGGUGUGCCAACUCUCCAUCGACUCGGCCAAAGAUGCUGCAUACCACUACAGGAUGGGGAAGGCGUUAGCGCCCCUCAAGGAGGAAGGCGUCCUCCUCAUCGGCUCCGGCAGCGCCACGCACAACCUGAGGGCUAUCGGACGAGAUGGUGCACCUCCGCCCAGCUGGGCCGUCGACUUCGAUAACUGGCUCACAGAUGCUCUUCUUAAUGGAAGGUAUGAAGACGUGAACAACUACUUGGUGAAGGCGCCCAACGCGAAGAUGGCACAGCCAUGGCCGGACCACUUCUACCCUCUGCAUGUGGCGCUUGGGGCUGCCGGCGAGAAUGCGAAGGCCGAACAGAUCCAUCAGAGCUGGAGCAACGGCACACUUUCUUAUUCCUCUUAUCGGUUCAAGGUUGCUGAAUGAUGUGCACCGAAGUCCCGAAUAAAUAUGAAAUGCAUAUUCUCAAAGAAAUUAUCUCGUUCUAGAUGUGGCUAAUUUCACCACUGUUGAUCUUAAUUCGAGGCUUAUCUACUGCUUGUUUGUUGAACAUUCUCUGCAACAACUAAUAAAUAAGAAGUCCUCUACGGCUUUACAUUGGCUCA